AUGAUUCAUAUAUGUGCACGAUGUAACACGUAUUCAGAGUCGGAAUUCCCGAGUACAACUUCCAACAUAAACCUACGCCUCAUCCUUGUGAGUGGUAAGACAAAAGAGUUCCUAUUCAGUCCAAGUGACUCUGCGGGGGACAUAGCUCAUCAUGUGUUUGAAAACUGGCCCGAAGACUGGACGGAGGAGGCAGUCGCCAAGGCAGAAAUAUUGCGGCUAAUUUACCAGGGACGUUUUCUGCACAGCAAUGUCACGCUCGGUGCGCUUGGUCUUCCUUUCGGAAAAACAACAGUUAUGCAUCUGGUACCACGGGAGAACUUGCCCGAGCCUAAUUCCCAAGAUCAGAGACAAAAGAGUAAAGGGGGCGGUAGUAGUUGCUGCUCAGCAUCGUGCUGCAUACUCUAAACAUUGGCCGCCUUGGAUUACUGCGAGGUCAUUAUUAAUACACAUGAGACAAUGGGAAAUCCAAGCUGGGCCACGGUUUCUAAGAUUUUAUGGCUGAUGUAUAAUCGUUAGUGGCUGAGAUCUUAUGAGCAGUGUAGCUGAGUAAUAGUAAAAACCUAGCAUUCUGACUGGAAUUCACCAGUACUCUGGUUAACGUGGCGGGGACACAAUGAAAAUCAAUUGAAUUAAUGAGCGCCACGUGAGAUGGAAGUUGAACCAAUGCAUAUUUUCUACUAGACGUUAGUUUUAUUGUUGAAAAAACGUUUUAUGCUGUUCAAUGCGUCGUCGAGUGGUGUUAUCACAAUUUAAAAGAAAGCUAUGACCAUUGUAAUAUCGAUAAUCUAAUACUCAUAGAAGGGAGACUAGCGUCAGAGCCAAACUUCGAUUAUAAAUGUGCCCCUUGCACAUGUCGAAUCGACGGAUCGUCCCUUCUGCCCAAUGCGGGAAAUGCUUCGCCACGUGUGACUCAUUGUUUUCAAUAAUUGAUGGAAGAUAUAGCCGUGGAAUAAUGAAAAUAAAUCUACUCAUCCGCGCUUUAAAAAGUAUUCCUGAGUGCCGCUAGACGCGCCAUGAGUGCAUUAAUAUGUUGCAAAUGCCUUUUGUUAUUCAAAAGUUCAUUGGCCUCCUGGUACAUGACUGCGGCGCACAAAUAAAAUUCACCGAGAUAAUUUUAAUGAUGGAAGUAAAUAAAUUUCAUUACCAAACAAAAACAGCACAUGAAAGGGAUAAUAAAUUAAUAUCAUGUAGUAUUCAUUUCUCCUCCUCUCUCUCCCCGCCUCGCGCAGAAAUGCUCUCUGAAUAAUAAAACUAACAAGACAAAGGGAAAACAAACAUUACAACUCAAGAACGAGAAAACAAAAUGCUACAGUGCUUAAAGUCUCAAUCACUAUCCAACUAUCGCAGCGUUAUUAUAAUUAUUGUAGACCGGAAUAUGUGUGUGAGACUGGGUCAAAUAAAAGAUUGAUUAAGUAAACCAAUUCAGAGAAAAAAUGAUUUGAAAAAAAAAGAGAAAAAAAAUGGCAAAAAAAUCGGGUGUAUGUGUUUUGAGCGAGAUUGAUGGAAAAAGAAUAAAUUUAUGUUGUGAUAUGCAGGUAGUAAAUAUUAUAUACAUACUAUUAUUAAAAUUAUAUAUAAAUAUAUAUAAAUAUAUUAAAAUUGGUAUGAGACACGUUGACACGCAGUUGAACUCUCAUACUAUAGACUUUAUUAUCAUGAAUUUAGAGAAAAAAAUGAAGAAAACAAAAAUUAAGUAAUAUUACGACGCCACUUUGAGAGUUUAGUAAUUCAGUAUAAAAGAGAUGGAGAAACAAAUUGCUGAGGAAAUGGACAUUGGAUCUCUUAUGGUAGUUAUGAUUAAAUCAAAUCUCAAAUAUAUUCCCUGUUAGCUCCUUUUCGUCCCCCUAUCGCCGCCACUCCUUCCCACGAGAAACUCAAAAAAAAAUACAAUUGAUGAAGAAAAAGCAAAUUUUAAAUGAAUUAUCCCCGUCCAAAUUUUUUCGUAAUUCGGCCUAUAGUGUGGAAAUAAAAAAGGCAAAUAUAUCUCGUAGUCCCAGUUGAUGCCCAAAUGCUACGGGUGAAAACAAAGCAUUCGUAGAUAAAACGUUUGUUAGAUAAUUAACGCCCAAAAAAAUGAUAACAAAGAAAUGGAAUUAAAUGAACCGUUAUGAUAUGUUUUAGCUUAUUCCACACAUACUCUAACUAUUACUAACUGUACUGUACUAUAUCUCUUACCUACAUAACGAAAAAAAAUCAAGCAAAAUAUGUAUAUAUUACUGUCCUCGUGUAGUGUAAUUUCAUCGAGAACAAUUCGACAAUUACGUUUUUUUAUUUAUUACUUAUGAUUUUCUGUUCCUUCCCCUUGUCCUUGAUAUCCAAUUUUCAUACCCAGUUACCUUGUUCCCAAUUUACGUUUAAACGAAAACUAUAGAUUCAAAUGAAUAAACAAAAAUGAUAUAAACCA